CGGAGCAUCAAUUUGCAAUCCCUUGCUGGCCGACCAUCGGCCAUGAGGUUGGUAUCAAGGCGAUGCGCGUAGUCCUUGGCAACAAUCACGGGGUUGCGUUCAAGGGUCACUUGCUGAUAACGGAUCGCGGCCGAGCAUGAGGGGUCAGGAGGGGGUUAUCGCCCAUCCAAGGCAUGACCUGACAUCCUCAUCUUCGUCCUGAAGCUACUUCAUCUCAAACUAUAACCGUACAAUUGGAGACACUGACAUCAGCAUGGCCGCCCUCACCGACGAGAAGACCUUGAAUGAGCUACGGCCCAAGGCCGUUUUGCAACCACUGCAUAACAGUAUCCCACCAGAGUUGCUAUCUCGCUUCGACCCGGUCUAUGUGGAACACUACAACAAGUACAAUGCCGGCAGGCUGCAUACGCACGAGGUCCCAAUUGAGGAAUUCCGCAAGAACCCAGCCAAGUACGCCAUCAGCUACGGUCGUGCUCUGGGCCCCGAUGUCUUUCGCAUCACGGAGCAGAAAUGCCCCGUGCAGGGUGGAGAGAUCACAGUACGCAUAUUCGAGCCCACUCCUAUCAUGGAUGAGAAUAGCAAGGCCAAAAAGAGGGCCGCAUAUGUCAAUUUCCAUGGAGGGGGUUGGGUGUUCGGCGAUCUCUCAAAAGACCACGACUUCUGUAAAAGAGUCGUCGACAGUCUGGACGGGAACCUGGUUGCGUUCGAUGUUGACUAUCGGCUAGCGCCUGAGCAUAAGUAUCCGAUCCCUGUGGAUGAUUGUUGGACAGCUUUCAACUGGAUCCGCUCCCAAAAAGCAGAGGAGUUCAAUUUGGACCCGAAUCGAAUGGCCGUCGGAGGGUCUUCGGCGGGAGGUCAUCUGUCAGCCGUGGUCGCCCAUCUCUGUCGUGAUGCCAGCAUCCCGUUGCGCCUGCAGGUGCUGAAUGUGCCCGUGUGUGAUCUACUCAGAGCCUUCACUCCGGAUGGCGAAUUCGAUCGGGAAAACUGCCCCUAUGCAUCGUAUCAAGAGAUGGAGUUCACAGCAAUCCUUCCUGUAGCACGGAUGGCCUACUUCCACAGACAUUUCCUUGGGGUUCCUCGGCCAGCAAGCUCGGAGGAGGACUGGAAGAUUUCCCCUAUGAUGGCCCCCGACUUUUCUGGGCUGGCACCAGCGUUAAUCUUCACCGCUGAAAUGGAUCCUCUGCGGGACGAAGGCGAGGUUUACGCUGCCAAAUUGAGAGCCGCCGGCUGUCAAGUGGAGUUGGUGUGUAUGGCCGGAGCACCCCACACAUUCUCCCUGUUGGACGGCAUCUUGGAGAGCGGACGUCAAUACAGUGAGAAAGUAAUUAGGACGAUGAGGACGGAACUUGUGAUGUAGAUAGGUAAUUCGGCUGAAGGGAUGUGGCUGGAAGGGGCGGAGUAGUAUGGACUCUGGAGAACAAACAAUGCAUUGACAUUCCAUUGGAGAUGCGGAGAGACAGGCAGGAUCAUGGUUU